AUGGGUGAACAGGGAGUACAGGAGGCUGAGUACGCAACCUUGUGGGGCCCCAGUGUUGAGGGUCAACGAAUACAAACAGCAUGUGGAGCUGAUGUUCGCGGGUCCUCUGCAAGAAAGAGAAAAAGGAAAGGUGCAGCUACCUGCUCCUCUGGAUCGGUGAAAAAGGGAGAGACGUACAACCCAUGGACACUUACCGAGGCUGAAUCAAAGGCAGGGUCUCAGGUGGAGCAGCUGAGUGAGGUGGAAACUUCCCAUGGGUCUCUCCUCCAGGACUGUCUGCACAUGCUGGCCCUCAUCUACACCUCCCUGCAGGCCAAGAACCCCCUCCGUAGGGCCAGUGCCCUGAGCUCUGUACCAGACUGGCUGCAGGAGCAGACUGUUGGUUGGCUGUCCGGGUGCCUGUCUGUCUGUCCACUCUCGGCUCAGACCACACCGCAUACCCAUCAGGAAGCCAUGUGCUACAGGCCUAGCUCGUGUCUAGCUGCGGCCAAGGCCUCCAUGCUGGUAGUGCAGAGGUCCCAGGAGCCCAUCAGCGCCACCCUACAGGCUACCCAUCUUUACUGCACCCUGCAGCUGACCCUUAGUGGCCUACUGGACUGCUACACACAUAUCCUCACAGAUGGUGAGGACCGUGUAUGCUACACCAGGGGUGUGUUCACUAGGAAACCAACAGAAACGGGGAGGGACCUGAAUUUAAUUUGUGCAGUCGGUCCAGAGCAUGGUUGGCCAGGUGUGUCAUGGGGAGUGGAGAUAGUGGCCACAGGGGCGGCAGGUCUCCUGCAAGGUUCAGAACAGGUUGGUGAGUGCGCCCCCGUGUGGCUGAGACAAAGCUGUACGGGGCUAUAUGACAGUGGCCGUCCCACGGGUUUGUUUCUCUACCUGUGUCACGGGGCCCUGGCUAUGCUGAACUGGAGAAUCUUGUUUCUCAUGGUCUGAGAGCCCUUUAGGUGCCUUUUGGCAAA